AUGCCGGAUGUAAACAAUAACCAUAUUUCAACGCAACAGCCAUUCAGAGAAAUAUCGAACAUCAGAUCCUCAGCGAUGGAUGUAUUGCCUUCCACCAGCAACCCUCAAACUCGAUCCAUUAUCGGUACGAACACGGAUGGCAAUACAGAAAUUGGCUGUCUAGAUGGGUGUAUGGCUGCUCGAGCGCUGGAAGCUUUAACCCGAAGCCAUGCGCGGUUGGCGACAUCGGUCCAGGAAGUGCUGGAAGUAAUCCGUCCUAGGGAUGGCCUGCGCCCUAGGACGGAUUUUGAAUUUGCUCCGAUCGAUUCGCUAGAAGAACUGCAGAGUUUGAAUGCAGUCCUUCAAGACGAUUCGGAAUAUAAAGCAAAACUUGUCCAAUGGUUCGAACUGCAGAUCACUCGUGUGGACGUGAACAAUCGUCUUCACGAUUUAAUUGAUCUGUUGUUCACCAAACGCUUUUUUGCCACAAUGAAUUGGUCAGGCAUCAGCAAAAAGGCCGGACAAACAAAAAUAGCAUUAGGUAAAUUUAAGCUAGUUUUAGAAUUAUUUGUAACUAUAGGAAGUAAUAAAAAUUUAGUAGUUAGUAAGCAGUAUGUUGAGGUAUUUUUAAAAAAAAAGUUAUACCAUGCUAAGGAUAGGAUUAAUAUAAGUGAUAGCAAGCGAACGUCAUGCCAUGGUAAACGUUAG